CCCUCGGGACAAGCCUUACACGAGAGAAAUACGACGACAGAAUUCGGACUCUGCGGGAAACAGAGGCUUUUGCUUGGGGGUCGUGUAUGAGGUCCACCGCCGGUUCCAACGACGGGGCAAACUCGCCUCCUACGAUUGAAUCUGCCUCCAAACGCAGCCAGGAGGAGAGCGAGACGUCAAACAUACAGCCUAUCAACGCUAAUGACGGGGAACACCAACACCACCCACAUCACACAGGCGAGUCCCGAUGACAGCUAAGCGACGACAGACCUCAGGCGGGACACGGGGGAAGAAGCGCGCCAGGCAGGGCAGCCAAACGAUCUUGGUGCUGAACGCUCCUAUACACGAUGGUAGGGCUUUGCAGAACCGACUUGUUAGGCUGUUUACUCUGACUAACGAUAGAGUGCCAGAUCCCGCAUUUUCAAAUGCGAACGCACGCCCCGUCAAAUCUGCCCCAACGAUAUUACUCGAGCCGAUCAACACCAACCCGCAAGGCCAUGACGGACUGGUAUCGUCAAACCAUUCAACAAAGCGACGGAAGACGAGGCAGCAUGCGGCGGGUGAACUCUGUCACAGCAACUCGGAAAGGGCGGAGCAGACAUCGGCCAUGCACAUCCGUUCCAUCACCGCCAGCCGAGAGGAACGGGAGACUCGAAGCACCGGUCGAGGGAAUCACGAACAACAACAUCAUAGCUCACAGCUGCCGGGGGUCAAUCAAGCGGAUGUCUUUGUGAGACCCGCGCUCUCACCGCACGGCCACGCUAUGCCGGUUGAACCUGAGACCGGCGCCGGGAGUGGCCAGGCGCAUCUCUACCCUUCUCCCAUCGAGGCAAGUAGGAGGCCGACAUUCCAAUCUAUCAACGAACCAACAACAGGUGCACUCUGCCACCGUCACCAAGAAGCGUCGCUCCACUUGCUUGCUGAUGCGGCGGUGCGGGGGCAGGUGGAGCCGAGGCCUGCGGUUCCAAGCCGUGGGCAACACGACGUUGCCGUUGUAACAACCCCCUGGGAUUUGCCGCGAGACGAAUCCAAUGUCCGGGGCCUUUCUUCACGUGACGUUGAAACUGCUGAAUUACCGCUGCCAGAGCCCCUCUCGGAUGGAUCGUUUUUGUCGAUCAGCUUUCUCAAUGGGCAGGGAGCCGGGCAAGAAGCACCCAGCGGAAUCGUUAUGUCUUAUGGGAGGCAUGAUGUGAUGGCGCUCAAAACUCCACGUCAGUUGCAUAUGGUCUCAGGGGCAGCUGGGGAAGCCGCAGGACCGGAUGAAGUGGCAGAAAGGUACUCUCCUCACCGCUCUGAAUCAUUGGAUCACUUCAUGAAGCAGGUUCUGGAUCUCCCGGAAGAGUAACACGGAUAGCCUUCCUAUAUAGCUUAUUGCGUUUCAGUCGCACGCGAAGCUCUCCGCGUUGCCACCGUAC